GGAUCCUAAUCAACAUUCCUACCAUGAGACUCUCUCUGCUGCUUUCUGGUAUCUUGCUGGGGCUGCUGGCAGAGCAGGGGGCAGGAGAUAAGUGUCCCCAUGAGAAAUCUGUUACACUGGUGCCAUCGUUCACGGUGACAACCAUAGCCACAGAGAAGAGUACCACAACCCCUGAAACCACCACGAGCCCUGCGAGUACAGCCACAACCCAUAGGACCUCCACGACUGCCACUACCCCCCACAGGAACAGCACCUCUACCAGUUAUCCAACCACAAGUGAAGGAACAGCUAUCACUCAUGGAACUACCACAAGCCCAAGAAACAUCUCAACCACCAGCACUUCACAGUCUGUGCCAGUCCCACCUUCCCCCAAACCCACUUCUAGCCCCAGUGGGGCUGUUGGAGACUACAUUGGGGCCAACGGUUCCCAGCUCUGUGUUCAUCUCCGGGCUCAGAUCCAGAUGAGAGUCCUAUACCAGGCCCGUGGUGGAGGAAAGCUUUGGGGCAUUUUUGUACUGAACCCCAAAAGAACAAUGGCUCAGGGGAGCUGUGAGGCCAACCAUUCCAGCCUGAUUCUCUCUUUUCCUAAUGGAAAACUCAUCUUUGGUUUCAAGCAGGAUUCAAUCAAGAAAAUUGUCUACCUGAGCCACUUGGCCACAGAGUUCAAUGUGUCCUUCCCAUCCGCAACCGGAUGGACAUUCUCAGUAGAGAAUUCAUCACUUCAUGAUCUCCAAACACCACUGGGUCAUAGCUUCAGCUGCAGAAAUAGAAGUAUAGCUCUCUCCCCAGACAUCCAUCUCGACUUGCUCUCUCUGCAGCUACAGGCAGCUCAGCUGCCCUCAAGUGGAGCCUUCAGUGCAGCUUUCUCCUGCUCUGCUGAUCUCAACAUCCUAGUGCCUCUUGUGGUGGGUCUUGUCCUCCUCACUCUACUCAUCCUUGUGCUUAGUGCCUUCUGUAUCUCCCGAAGACGACCACCAGCCUACCAGCCUCUCUGAAAGCUCCUGAUUCCCUUCGUGCUGGGGAUAUCCCUAUACCAUUCUCUCACCCCAAGAGAACUCCUUCAAUCUUCUUUUUCUACCUUGUUAUUUCUAGUAUAGAUCUGCAGGUCCUCUCUACCUUAGAGGAAAAGGCUUGAAAAGACAAACGGAGAGACAUUGUGGGUGGGAGGCAAGGAAAGCCUAAUUGGAUUUGACAGAAGUGCCUUCCUAGAACCAAUGAAAUUUAUAUUUUCCUUAGCUUCUCACUCCUGCCAUGAUUAAAGAUCAUAAUUGCUUUAA